GCUGGCACUGUUGUGUGCGGAUAGGCUCUGUCAGCCAAAAUGUUACUUGGAUUGCCUUGUCAUAGCUGUGAGUUGAUGAUGUCAUUGCAUGUAUUACCAUUACCAUUUUGUUUUGUUUUUGAGUGCAAGUAUGUCUACUGCAAUGCAACUGCAAGCUCUAAAAGCAGCAAAUAUAGGUAAAUAAAACAGAUUCAUUACAUACCUACCUAUAUAAAAUAAUAAAGUGCACUAAUUAUUAUAAACAAAAUGGAUUCGUCGUAUAGUAAUCCUUUAAGACAAAAAAUUAAUAAGAUAUUUGAUAGCCAUAUUUUAUCAGAUAAUAGUGAAGCUCUCAACACAGUUUCUACAUUAUGUUCCUCAAAUUCUGCUUAUACCAGAAGAGUACUUGUAAACGAAAUAGAGAAAAGAGACAUGUUAGUUAAUAAAACUAUUCUGCUUGAAUAUAAUAAGGUCAACGACAAAUUACGUAUACUAAUAAAUUCUUUAUCUUCGCUUGAGACUGCUGUCAAAGAUAUGUCUAAUAGAUUGCAUGAGUCCAAAACGAAAACACAUCAUUUGAUUUCGCAGACUACAAAACUAAAAGAUGAAAGAAAGAAAACUGAAAAAAAAUUGAUUUGGGUUGAUGCAUUUGUUAAAACCUUCCAAAUUUCUGCAGAGCAAAAUGAAUACCUUUACAAUGUAUCAAUAAAAACUCCACUCACAGUAGAUUUUUUCGAUACUCUGUCUCAAAUUGAAAAACUGUAUGAUAAUUGCAAAAUUCUGGUUAAAUGCUGGUAUGAAACUUCUGCUUUUGAUAUAAUGGAAAUUAUUGGUAUGCAACAAGAAGUAGCUAUUGAAAAAUUGUACCAUUGGACAAUUGGAGCUUGUGUAAGUAUUGAUUCUCCAAAUAAUGCCUUGGUGCCGAAAGCGUUGGCUAAGUUUCAAAAUAGGCAAGUGCUGUUUUCAAAUAUUGUUGAUGAAUAUUGUUCAGCUCGAAAAGCUACUACAGUUCAGGCAUUCAUUGAUGCACUGACAAAAGGAACUGAAGGUUCCAAGCCAAUAGAAUUCUAUGCAAAUGAUGCUAAGCGUUACAUUGGAGAUAUUUUAACAUGGGUCUACCAAAUAAUCCCUAUAGAAAAAGAAAAUCUAAAUACAUUAUUCAAAUUUUGUGAGAUGUCAGAUAAAGGGCAACAAAUAACAGAUGCCCUCACCUGCAUUAUGGAGGCUAUAUGCCCUUUGUUGAAAGUAAGGGCUGAGCUCAUUUUAAAACCUGACAAAGACCCAUUGGUUUUGUGGUCCAUUACAAAUUUAAUCACAUAUUACAAAGAUGUCAUAAAGUGUGUGAUGCCUACAGGUCAUUUGAUUGAUACUUUUGACGAGCUUCUCAAAAAAAGUGAAGACAUAUUUCUGAUCACCUUGGAUGGCAAGAUUCAAAGAGAACUCAGUCAUGGUGUAAAAGCUCCUCCUGUAGAUCUUAACCCUUCAAUUGUAGUGGCAGACCUUGUCACUUUCUUGCGGGACUUACUGGCUGUGAUGAAUAUUACCAACAACAUCAAUAAUGAUGACAGAAAAAUUAUCACAAUUCAUAUAUUAGAUCCAUUGCUUCAUGCAAUCAAUGAAACUGCAUGUCAUUUGAGCUCAACAGAUAUGUCAGUGUAUAUGUUGAACUGUAUUUAUCACAUUCAGUGCACAUUGUCUCUUUAUACAGUUAUGGAUGAUUACAAUGAAAGGCUACAAGCACAAUCAGAAGCACAGAUAGAUACUUUAACAUCAGAACAGGCCAGUUACUUAGUGGCCAAUUUGAAUUUGGGACCAAUAUAUACAAUAUUACAAGAAAAGACAAGUGGACCACUCUCAACGUUACCUGGUAUGGAUAUGUCUACAUUAAAACAAUUCCUUAAUAAAUUUGAUAUGUUCUUAGUGUCACCGGAGGUUUAUAUGCUGCCUCAACUAAAUUUGCUUUUGAGCCAUACACAUAAGUCUUAUGUUAAAAAGCGUGCUUUUGAAGUAAUUAUCGCCAUCUAUGACCAGUUGUAUGUUGCAGUCCAUGAUCCUAAUAAUGGUUAUAGUGAUCCUAAUUUAGUUAUGCGUAGAACACCUGAAGAAGUAAAUAAUUUACUAAAAUAAAACCUGUGACAUUCUCUGUUACUUUUUAUAAUAUAGUUAACUAUGUAUUUAUUAAACUAGUAAAAUAGAAA